GGUUAGUGAUACCUGGACGGAAGAAAAGGUGCACACAUAGUUUAUUCUCUUGGUGAGACUGUCAACAUGGGAUCUGGUUUCUCCUCCAAUGCCCCUAAAACCAUCUACCUGGACGUAGAUGGCAAAGUGCAGAAGGUGCUGUUUAGCCGUCACUGCAGCCCAUGUGACAUCAAGGAACUUCUGUGUUCCUCCUCCAACACCCCCAGGAAUACAGCCAUAGUGAUGGUGGACCCUGAAGGGGCUGUUGUGUCCAUUGAUCCCACAAUGCCCACCAACACCCGCAACUCCCUGUACAAAGUCAUUCCUUUAUCUACUGGCCAGUUGGGGGAAAAGGAAGAUAUGUUUCAGAAUGUGCUCUCACAGGUAGCAGAGCAGUUCAGCAGAGCAUUCAGGAUCAAUGAACUGAAAAUGGAAGUGACCAACAGACUGGCUAUGCUGGAGAAGAAAGUAGAAUUGGAAGGUUUGAAGGUUGUGGAGAUUGAAAAGUGCAAAAAUGACCUAAAGAAGCUGCGAGAUGAGAUGAUGUCCAGUGCAGGAGGAAGAGUGAAUUGUACAUGCAAGUUCAAUUUUUCAGACGAUGGAAAGAAAUUAACUCCUAGGCGUGAUGUGCCCAGCUACCCAAAGUACACGCUUUCUCAAGAGACCAUUGAAGCUCUGAAGAAACCAACCUUUGAUGUCUGGCAUUGGGAGCACAAUGAAAUGCUGAGCUGCCUAGAGUACAUGUAUCAUGACUUAGGUCUUGUGAAGGAGUUUAACAUGAACCCUAUCACUCUCAAACGCUGGCUGCUGGGCAUUCAGGAAAAUUACCGUACCAACCCAUUCCAUAAUUUUCGCCAUUGUUUCUGCGUGAGUCAGAUGAUGUAUGGCAUGAUCCACCUCUGCAACCUGCAGGAAAAGCUUUCGCUGACAGAUUUGGGCAUUUUAAUGACUGCUGCAGUGUGUCAUGACUUGGACCACCCUGGAUACAACAACACGUAUCAGAUCAAUGCUCGCACUGAGCUGGCUGUGCGCUACAAUGACAUAUCUCCCCUGGAGAACCAUCACUGCGCUGUGGCCUUCCAGAUACUCUCGCUGCCUGAGUGUAACAUAUUUGCCAACGUGGACCCUGAUGCCUUUAAACAGAUUCGACAGGCUAUCAUCACGCUGAUUUUGGCGACUGACAUGGCGAGGCAUGGUGAAAUUCUGGAAUCGUUUAAGCACAAAGUGGACUACUUUGACUUCACCAACGAGGAGCACGUGACCUCUAUGAAGAUGGUCCUUAUCAAAUGCUGUGACAUUUCCAAUGAGGUCAGGCCCACUGAGGUGGCAGAGCCAUGGGUGGACUGUCUGCUGGAGGAAUACUUCAUGCAGAGUGAUCGAGAGAAGUCAGAGGGGCUUCCUGUGGCGCCCUUCAUGGACAGAGAAAAAGUGACAAAACCCACGGCACAGAUUGGCUUCAUUAAGUUUGUCCUUAUUCCCAUGUUUGAAACUGUCAUGAAGCUUUUCCCUCAGAUUGAAGAGAUUAUGGUGCAGCCUCUCAGAGACUCACGAGACCACUACGAGGAGCUAAAGCAAAUUGACGAUGCCAUGACCGAGGUAAAUAAAAAAACAGAAAAUAUGUCAUUAGGAGGGAAGAAGAAAUAAGCACUACUGCAAGCUGAAUAGUUCCACGGGUAAAGUUUUUCGACCUGUUUGCACUGCGAGAAUCAAGUUCCAGUUUGAGGAUCUGUGAAAGCUCUGAUGCUGGGCUGGUGUUUGCCCACCGAAUCUAAAGGUCAUCUAAUCAACUUAUGAAAUCAGGAGUUGCUUCUUUAUGCUAC